UGAUUUGUGGUUCAAAGAGCGCACGCCUUGUAAUCGCAAACUACAGACAGACCCAGACAUGUGUGUCAGUGAUGUUUACGUGUCAUUACAGAGACAGUACUUAACUGCUAACAACUGGAACUACUGUUAUUGAUUCAAGAAGUUAUUCAUUAUUAACAUUAAUUUCGAUGGAAAUCAACCAACAAAUGAGUGCCGAAGAGCAACAAAUCGAUCACUUCUUUAGUGAACUAAAACCGCCGCCAAAUUUGGAUGCAAUUCAUAGAGAUGUUCAACAAUUUUGCAAUAAAAAUAGUGACAAAAGGAUUGUUUUGAUAACGUCCGGGGGAACUACAGUACCCCUCGAACACAACACCGUUCGCUUUGUCGACAACUUCUCUGCCGGAACUCGAGGUUCGGCUUCAGCUGAAUAUUUUAUAGAAAUGGGAUAUUCUGUGAUAUUUUUAUAUCGUUUAAAAUCAUUGGAACCUUUUGUAAGACAUUUAAAUGCCAUUGAAUUUUUGUUGUCACUUCAAGUCAAUGAUAACAAUGAAAUUAAAAUAUCAUCCGAUAUGUCAACUAAAAUACUAUCAAAUUUAAAACUAUUCAACAAAAGUAAAGACCACUUACUAAGCAUAACAUUCACGACAUUAGCCGAGUAUUUACACUGUUUGCGGGAAAUUGCGUUAAUAUUGCAAUUAAAAGGAGCGGAUGUUAUGCUAUAUUUAGCGGCCGCUGUCUCUGACUUUUAUAUACCCCCAGCAAAUAUGGCAGUCCAUAAAAUACAUUCAAAUGACAAGUUGAGUAUCAACUUUGAAUUGGUUCCCAAAGUAUUGCGACCACUCGUCAAGUUUUGGGUCCCAAACGCUUUUGUCAUCUCAUUUAAAUUGGAAACGGAUGAAUCAAUAUUAUUGGAGAAAGCAAGGACUGCUCUCAACAAAUAUGGACACAAACUGGUGAUCGCCAAUGAAUUAAAUACAAGAAAAUAUAAAGUGACUCUUGUUUCCAAUAAUGACCACAAAAUGAUCACAAUUUCCAAUGAAGAUAACAUUGAAAUUGAAGAACUUAUUGUUAAAGAAGUCAUUGAAAGACAUAAUACUUUUAUAAAUAAGUCAAAUAUUUUGCCCCGAUAUCGGGUCACCAAUGAUAACACAUCUCGGCUUUCAUAUACUGCUAUAACAAUACUGCCGUCGGCGCCAAUAUUGGACAGUAAUAGCGAUUUGGGAUCAGAUUAUCCCCCAAAAUAUGAGCACAUCUUUAGAGAUAACAAGUGA